AUGUCUUCUGCAUGUCUGCCUACUCUUGACUCUUUAUCGUCCCCUAGAUCUAACACCCCACAUAACUUUAAACCGAUUCCUGAGGGCAAUGAUUGUGUUGCCUGGUGCACCCGCACAUUAAGCCAACAACCUCGGGACGCAUACCCUUCUCCAACUGCCUCCCAUCAAUCUGGCUUGCAGGAGCCUUCGUCUGUGGAUGCUCUUUGUCUCCCUCCAUUUUGGGGGACAUGUCAUAAUAGUGACCUCACUGUUGCUCUUAUCAGCGCUAAAUGCUCAGAGCGCCGGGCAGAGUAUAAACUUAUCCAAAAGUGCCUGAAACGUAUCAACAUUGAAAAGGAACUUUACAGUCUGGUGGAAGUACAGACACACCAGAGACUGCACAAAGCUGACAUCAAUGUUGGUGUUACCCAUGGUGUGUUGUGUGUCUCCGGCCUGACACCUUCAGGUGAUGAUCCGGAUAGUGAUGUGUCGAGCUUGGGUAGGUCAGACGGAGAGGAAUCCUCUUGA